AUCGAUGGUAACCGCGCAAUUACGUUCGCCGCGAGCGACCAAUUGCGACGCACCACGUUGAUGACGAGCGGAAAUAUCCGACGCUUUUAGUACGCUAGUGCGCAAUAGCGGAGUUGCCGACGCUGCUGGUUGUGCUCUCCGGUGGGGAUGUGAGUGGUAGUUCUGCGCGUCCUGGUUACAAGCGCUCCUGCGGCCCGUCAGUCGACGGCGAGCUCUGGGAGGUGGGUGAGGAGAGAGAGAGAGAGAGAGAGAGAGAGAGAGAGAGAGAAAGAGAAAGAGAGUUGUGAUACAACAGAACGCUCGCUGAUACAGAUUGUCGGAUUGUCGCGUCUCGUCACAUGGCGGAUUAUGAGCUGCGCGAAGAGCUCACUGAUCCUCGCCUUGCCUAAAGAAUCGCGCAAGCAGCUCCUGCGGGACGAAGUGAGGCGCGACGCGCUCACCAAGCGGACUGCCAUCGCAUCGAUCUUGCUGAAUAAGGCGAAGAUGGACGCCAGGAAACUGGCGCCCAGGCAGCAGCAAGAAGACAUGGACGACGAUGACGCAUCGGUGCUCUUCAAGUCCGCGACGGACGGGAAUUCGCGCGGCAAGAGACGUCGACUGGACCAUCUGACGUGGGAGGAGAAGCUACAGAGAAAGAAGAUGAAGAACAGGGUGGCAGCCCAAACCUCUCGGGAUCGGAAGAAAGCCAAAUUGGACGAGCUGGAGCUGACAGUAAGGACGCUCACGCAGGAGUGCGUGAUGCUGAGGUCGCAGAACGAGUCGCUGUUGAGCGAAACGAAAAGAUUGAGGAAGGAAUUGGACACUAAGAACAGGGAGGAGCGAUACUGCACGUUGUGCCAGGCUCGUGUCCACUGUUGUACCCUCACUGGGAUCUGCAGUAUCCCCAAAUCACCCUCUGCCGCAGGGUGGGACAGCGCAGUUGGCAUCGCGCCUGACGCCAACACCAGGAGCAGUUGCUCUAUUGAAGAUCCUGACCCUUUACCUCCUCUCGAAGAACUUUGCGGCGACCUCCAAGAUGACGACUACAUCGAGCGACUCGAGGAACUCGCGGAGAGUCUACUGCGAGAAGUUAAUGUCGAAGUGCAAGCAGCUCCUGACAAAUCAAAUGAACAAGUGUCCGUCAAGGACGAUCCCGUUAAAAAAUCUGGCCAUCCAGAGACAGUGGUGGGGCAGACAUCAGAAAAUGUGGAAGCCAAUCGAGCUGGUGAAGGCGUAAAUGAUGCGUCCUACCUAAUCGCGGACUUCAGCUCGUCAGUUUAUCAUCCCGCGAGCUGUGCUGCAAGGAGCGAGGCGCAGCAACGCGUCAGUUCGACGACGUCGCCGUUGGCGAUUAAGACCGAAGUCGAGAUCAAACAGGAGUCCGAGCUAACGCACGAUAUGGAGGCCACCUUUUACGGCACGUACGACGAGGCUACGAAUUCGAUCACGAUCAUCUAUCCGGGCGAAGAGAACGCGGGUAUCGGUAUUCAGGAGUGCGUGCAAGAGAUCAGCACGGACGACGGCGUCGUAUGCCACCCUGUGGACGACAUCGCAGCCGCGGCCACUGCCGCCGCCGCCGCCACCACCACCACCACCAGCACCACCACCAGCACCACCACCACCACCAGCACCACCACCAUCACCGGCACCACCGACGUUACCAGCAACGUUAGGUAUCUCUCGCCGCCGCCUAUUCACAGUUACUCCACGCAGUUCUCCCCGGCGUACACCUGCCGCACCGACACCAUGUCGCCCGCGAGCAUCAACUCUGACGCGGAUUCCUGCGUCGUCCCACAAAUGGACAGCGCCAGCAUGGAUUGCGGCUACGAGUCGCACGACUCUCCGUCCGUCGACUCGCAUUGCCGUUACUCUUACUUCAACGACUUUUGGCACGAAAACUUCAGAGAGCUGUUUCCUGCGCUUGCCUGACAGUUCUCGCGAAGACGACGAGUGGAACACGCGCAGAGGAAUACACGACCAAUGCCGGAUCGUUGCGUCUGUGAUACGAGAAGAUUCCACGACGCGGAAAGUAGCGCACAGCCGCCGCGUAGUUGAUGCACCGUGCACACUCGGAUAGAUUCUUUCAAAGAUGAAAAAUUGUAAAGGAAACGGAGAAAACAAAAAAAAAAAAAACGGAGGCAAGAAGAAGGCGGCGCCAUUUUUUCGUGUAAUUUAUCAUUCGUUCGCA